AACACAGGCCCCACUAGAGCGCAGCCAGCGCGCUCAUUCACAGAGAGGGAGGGUGAGAGAGGGAGGUGGCUUAACAAUAGAGAGGCAGGAGCGCUCUCGGCUCAACUCAGAAGUGAGCAGACGCAUCAAGCAGAAAGAGCGUGGACAGAAAGCCUUGUUGGCCUGAUCUUCGGAGGAAGCACCAAUCCCUCUGAUAUCCUACAGGGCUGAGAUUGAGAGGCGUUUCGGGUAGAAUUUUCUUCUGCUGUGGGAAAUAGACCGCCGGCCUCCCCGUGUUGCCUGAAUGCCCGUAGACUUGGUGAUCCCUCUUCCACUGUGGACAGACAUGCACGAGAGCGAGAUGAGGCUGAAGAUGCGUGUCAGGCGCAUCAAGGAGGGACGGGAUCUGAGAGGUGGCUUUGCGGCUUUCUCAUCCUAUUUUCCCGAUUUGUGUCAGAGCAAACCAGCCACACUUGUGCCCCUCAGCUUGUCCCAGCCCUGCCUACCUGUGGCCAACAUUGGUCCCACUCGCAUACUUCCCCACCUGUACCUGGGCUCCCAAAGAGAUGUUCUCAAUAAGGAACUGAUGGCACAAAAUGGAAUCACCUACGUUCUGAAUGCCAGUAACACGUGUCCCAAACCUGACUUCAUCAUCGACAACCACUUCCUGCGCAUUCCCGUCAACGACAGCUACUGUGAGAAGCUGCUUCCAUGGUUGGAGAAAACCAACGAGUUUAUUGACAAAGCCAAGGUGUCAAACUGCAGAGUCAUCGUCCACUGCUUGGCUGGCAUAUCCCGCUCUGCAACCAUCGCCAUCGCUUACAUAAUGAAAACUAUGGGUCUGUCAUCAGACGAUGCCUAUAGAUUUGUGAAAGAUCGUCGGCAAACUAUAUCUCCAAACUUCAACUUCCUGGGUCAGCUUUUGGAGUUCGAGAGAGCUUUGCAGUUGAAGACAGUACCUUGUGACCCCAUGAGGUUAACAGAGAAGCACCAUGAGGAGGCGGAGGUCAGAAGCAUGGAGCAGCAGAAGACCGAUCACUUCGAGCAGAGGACUCCGGAACCUUCAAAGAUCACCCCAAAGCCUUCAUCGCCUACCUCACUGCAGAAAGACCUGAGCUCGCUUCACCUGUCUUCAGAGCGAAACCUUCAAAACAAAAGGCUCAAGUGCUCCUUUUCCCUCGACAUAAAGUCUGUCUACUCCUCAAGCCAAAACCAGCAAUCUUCGGCUAAUCUCUCAACAUCGGACUCUGAGAACAAGCUGUGCAGACUCAACAGCUUAAAUAACAGCAAUAAUGUGUGUCGACACCCUACGACGGUGGACUUUCAAAGCUCUAAGGAGUCACACUGCACUGGUGUGUAUGGCAAGUCUAGAAUAAGCCCGCAAAGAGAGAGGCGAGAAUCCGUCAACUUUGAGAGGUUAUCCGCCACCCCAAUGUCCCUGAAUCUGAACCAGGGGCCAACACCCCAGGAUUCCAUUUGUGAGACAAACUUAAAGACACCUUCUUUUCUCAGCUUGCCGUUGAGUACAUCUGGUAGUUGGACCACGCACAGAGGCACGAAUCAGACCACCACCCCCAUCACACCCACGGGCGACUGCCCUUGGUUCUUCGGCUCUAAUUUGGCACCAUCUGGAACGGCUUCGGGGAGCUCCCUGCGCUUUGGCAACAGUCCUGCUUAUGUGGCUUUUAGCCGCGGUGGCAAAGCUGACACCUCCAGCUCCGGCGUUCAUCAAAGAGACAAAACGCAGGAGCAACGGGACUUUCAGAACAGCUGGCUGGAGGAAGGAAAAGUGGUGGUGUGUAGCGUAUCGCAAGUAGACACGAAGUACAAGCGGCGCAGCUGCCAGAUGGAGUUUGAAGAGGGUAUUAACACGACGCAAAGCAGUGAGGAAUUUGGGAAGCUGGGGAAGCAGUCCAGUUUCUCCGGCAGCCUGGAGGUCAUUGAGGUAUCAUGACAAAGAUGAGAAUAAAUCGCUCUUGGCCGAGACUAAAGCAAUAAUAUGAGUGGCAUGACUGAGGACAGUGCAGUUGUGGAAGAGCAGUCUGCGGUGUGAUGUAGUUUGUGAUUAUGGAGUUGGUGUACUGGUGAAUUUUAGAUGGACUGACUGCGAAAUAUGCACUCACACAAAGACCUCACAGAGCGACCUUAUUCUGUAUUGUCACUGGUACAGUUGCAAUGAAGGACAUAAAAGCACACAAUAUUCUUCUAGCAUGACCACACAAAGACAAUGACAUAGGUGUGUAUUCAUACCGAUUCGAUUGCAAAUUAGGGCAACGACACUUAAACUUCUUACCUUCUGCCUGAGGUGAAACUGUAUAUGUAUGCCCAAUUUCAAGAUGAUGUAAUUGCUGUGCGACAUUUAUUUUUUGAAAUUGCCCGAUGUUCUAUUUAGCUACGAAUUGAGUAUAAAGGGCAUUUGCAUUCAAUAUCGUCACUAUUCAGUGUUAUAUAAAUUGAGUGAAAAUAUGAAGCGUGUGUCCAAGCUGAGAUACUCUCGGCACCACUACUGUGCACUGAGCAUGCUCAGAACGGCUGGCUACCUACAAGACAAGCUGCAUUCAGCAGCACUAUGUACUAAGCUGUAAAUCUAGACAUAUUUACAUAUAUAUGUGUAAAAGAAAUUGACUUUGAUUUUAAUGGUUUAUUUAACGUUUCACGCAUUUGUUGCUUUAAUUUAUUGUAUGGGUUUCAUUCUGGCAAUGAGCAAUAAUAUAUUAUUUGAAAAAAAGUCUCAGUUUUCUUCGUCUGUGUUUG